AUGAGCAAGAAAAGUACGAUCAGUCAAGAUUAUGGAAGUCGGGAAGAGGUUCACCAAGAAGCAGCUCGAUCCAGUGUGGUCAGCACCAUUAAGGUAGAGCAAACCCUCGACGCAGCACCUGAGGUGGAGCAGCCAGUUUACAUCAUGCCUUCUGAGACUGUAGUUGGCAAGCCAAGAACUUCGUUGCCGAUGCCGCAUCCGCCAGUAAAGAAAACAAAUUCCCAGACUGCAUUUGACUUCAACUGCAACAAAUCAAAAGAAGUGAUGGCGCAAAGACUAAGUAUGGAAAAUAGAGAUUUGAAUUGUUUGAAUCAGGACCUGAAGACACAAUUUCUCGAAAUUUUCGGUGAACCUGAUCCUCAAUAUCACAGCGUUGCAUGCGUCUGGACGAAUAGUUAUCGAGUGUUUGAAAUUACACGGAUUUAUUGUUACAAAAUACUGACAUUGAUAUUCGGUAUUCCUGUUGCCUUCCUGGCCGGUUUCAUCUUCGCACUCUUUUCCUUCGUUCGAAUAUGGAUUGCCCAGCCGACCUUCGCUAUCGUUCGCAUUAUUCUGAGUCAACUACUCACUAUAUGGCCAACAUUCGUUAUUUACAUCGUUCGCCCAUUCUUCUACUCCGUUGGAGCUAUCUUCAGCACUUUCCGAAUGCAUCGAUCCGACGGACCUAUCAUUCGCGAAGUUUGGGAAAGUGUAUAG